AUGACGUCACCGUCAGCUUUUGGGCAGACGAUGAGAGACUUGCUUCUGCAGGGCAGCUAUUCGGAUAUGGAGAUAACCUGUGAAGACUUCACUUUCAAAGUCCACCGGGCGAUAGUAUGCACCCAAUCGCAUUUCUUUAAGGGUGCUCUCAGCGGUGACUUCAAGGAAGCCACUGCGAGGACCAUCGAUCUGCCUGACGAUGAUCUUGAGACCAUCGAACGAGUCCUGUCUUUCAUAUACCUGCAAGACUACGAAGAGACAGGCCAUAUAGUGCAGUUGGAGAGCACAGACACAAAGGCAAAUACCCGAACCGCAACCAACAGCUCAUAUUCGAAGGUCGAAGGCACGACAGCAAAUGCUGCUGCCUCAAAUAACGUCCAAGUUUAUAUAGCUGCCGAUAAAUUCGGAAUCACGCCCUUGAAAUCCCUUGCUGCAGAGAAAUUCACCCGUUGGGUAAAUGCCAACUGGGACUCGCCGGCUUUUCUACAUAUAGUCGAGGAAGUGAUGACCUCAGUGCCAUCGCAUGACCAGGUUCUCCGAAAUAUCCUUGCUGAUGCCAUAUCGAAGAACCUCACGCUGUUUGUGAACCAAAAGGCCAUACUCCCUCUAAUAGAGUCCUUUGGUAGUCUUGGAUCGGCAAUCAUUUCAAAACUAGUGGAAACCGGAAGGGUUGGAGGCAGAGAACAGGAGAAGCCUCGCGAUUUACCACGUUUUGGACAGGUUUUGAGACCGAGGACGUGUAGAAACUGUACUGCAGUGCUCAGUGGUGGAAAUAUAGAGUAUGAUAACGGCGCCAUUCGUUGUGCCUUCUGUCUUGUGCGGAAUUGA